UAUAUGAUACAUACACGGUCAACCUCCCAGCACCCACUGAUCCAUUCAUUUCCCGCCUAAUUUUUUUAACUACCCACUAGUGAAAUUCAUUCACCUCCACUAUAAACAAUUGAUAUACCAUGUGAACACAUCUUGAAAGCCACCCGGUCGAUGUGAUAUAUACACUCCCACAUUUUAAUAUUAUAUGCUCCCACCCAGUUGAUUUGUACAAGAUCUUAUUUUAUUGUUUUCAAAUCCUAGUCACACCUAAGAUCAUUCAAUAUAUAAAUCACAAUUAAGUGGACAUCAUCGGGGAUACUUCUAUUUAUUUUUUCUUUCCAUCUACUUAAUUAAAUUUGACUAGCUUAAUUAGAUUUUAGAAAAUAAUAACAGCUCACAGUCGACCUUAAAACCAAAAAGGAUGGCCCGUGAUCCCCAUGCUUCUCCUUUCAAUUAUAUUGAUCAAACCAAUUCUCGAAGAUCUUUAAUUGAGAUUAUGGGCAUUCCCGCUUAUAAUUUGGCCACAGACUAACAACUGAGUGGAGGAAUGAUUAUGAUAUUCUGUACCUGUCUCUUGCCAACCACUGGCUUUGCGUUAUAAAUCUCCCUAACACCACUCUCAACUUGCUUCACAUCUAUCUUGUCCACCAGCAUGGUUCCGAUUCGGCUCCCGUUCGCACCGAUUAUUUUGCUUCUUGUUAUCUUGUCGGACACAGCGUGCCCGUGUCUUGCUGUCGCUUCCGACCAAGAGCUUCUGAAAGGCUUCUCUGCAACUCCACUCUCUUCAGUGACUUCCUUUCAACCUAUUCUCAGCGAUCAGUUCGGCAACUUCUCCCUGGGUUUCCUCCGUCUGAACCGUACCCAGCUUGCCCUCGCCGUCCUUCACAUCGCUUCCUCCGAGCCUCUCUGGUUCGCCAACCCCACCCACCUGGCUUCGUGGUCCCAAUCCACUCGGCUCUUCUUCAAUGGUAGCCUGGUCAUUUCGGAUCCCGUAACAGACUUUUUGUGGUCAACUGCCACAAACGGUGACCGCGUGGUGCUUCUCAACACUUCCAACCUGCAAGUACAGAAGAACGGGGAGUCCGGCUCUGUUAUCUGGCAGAGUUUUGACUUUCCCACUAAUACCAUCGUUCAGGAUCAAAAUUUCACGGCUCGCAUGGCUUUGGUGUCGUCGAACGGGCUAUAUUCUCUGCGGAUGGGAGACGACUUCAUGGGUCUAUAUGCCAGGCACAGAGGAGGAUCUGACGAGUUAUAUUGGAAGCACAAUCCUUUGGAAGCUAAGGCCGAAAUAGUGGAAGGCAAGGGACCCAUUUACGCCCGAAUCAGCUCCGACGGCUAUCUGGGCAUGUACCAAACAGGGACCAAACCGGUGGACGUGCAGAAGUUCAACAACUUUCAACGCCCGAACCCUCUGUUUCUGAUGCUGCGCAUAGAACCGGACGGGAAUUUGAAGGGUUAUUGCUGGGACGGAUCAACAUGGGUAUUAAACUACCAGGCCAUAGAAGAGAUAUGCGAACUGCCGAAUCCCUGCGGUCCCUACGGUCUGUGCACACCGGGCGCGUCGGGAUGCUCCUGUCUGGAUAACCGGACGAGCUAUUCACCGGGCGGGUGCAUGAAGGAAGGGUAUGGAGACUUAUGCGGGGCAGGGAUAGGAGAAGAUAAGUACUGGGUUCUGAGGAGGAAAGGGGUGGAGCCGGCCCACAAAGAGCUAAUGAGGUACGAGAGGGCGACGUCGGAAGAGGAGUGCGAGGACAUGUGCAAGAAGGAUUGCAGGUGCUGGGGAGCUCUGUACUACAACGUAACCGGGUACUGCUAUGUGUCGGAGCAUCCGAUUCAGACAAUGGUGGGCACAGGGGCGGAGUCCAAAGUGGGUUAUUUUAAGGUCAGGAAAGAUGCGGGGGAUCAAAGGAAGCGAGUAGGGACGGUAGUGGGAAUAGUGGCCGGGGUAGUGAUUGUGGCGGGGCUGAUCGGGGCGGUCAGCUGUGUGAUGAGGAGGAAGAGGAGAAGGGGAGGAAAAGGGAUGGCGGAGGAGGAGGAUCGGGUAAUAUCCGGCCCGUAUAAGAAUCUGGAAUCCGCAAGUUUUAGGUCGAUCGAGAUGAGCACCAGCCAUUGACCUUUGACCCCCAGAAAAGGGAGAGAAAAA